GCACAAAGACGAAUUUUAUCAGUCAACACAUGAAAUUGUGAAGGCACUCUGCAGGGGAGACACAAGUAUUGAGCUGGCAAGGCCACUUGGCGAGGCCCUGAGGGAUCUUCAACCGGCUUCUUGCGUUCUGCCAGUGCGCACUGUUGGUGUGCAGGGUGAUGGCAGAACGUACGCCUAUGCUGUGGCUAUUUCUACCGGUCGAUUUCCGGUGGAAGCGGAGUGGAAGGCACUCAGUCGUUUGGCACUUGCUAUCCCAAAGGUUGCGCAGCAUGUGAACCGCGUGGUGUUUAUGUUUGGACCGAAAAGGGAGGAUUCUCCGCAUAGUGUCACGAAGACGACACUGAAUCCCACUACUCUCGACAGAUUACGUAUUGCAGACGACAUUGUGAACUCCACGUUACUCAAACACGACCUUGUGCGUCGGCUGAGCCAAGUCCCUGUGGUUCUCAUACCUCUUGGGUUUGAGGAAAAAGGUCAAUACAGCGUUGUGGUACGCACGUUUGUUACAAACGACUUCAUGACGGGCGUUCCGGCGCUUCCCGGGACACCACUGAUGCCACUGGCCGCCUUGGAGGAAAUGGUGAAUUCUUUGCAGCAGCUGGAUUUUUUAUCCCGUGUCAUGUAUGAUCUUACAGCGAAACCACCUGGAACGACAGAAUGGGAAUAA